GGAAUUUCGAAAUGAUUCAUAUGAAUGGAAGUUGAACGAACAUGAAUCAUCUGGUGAUCAACUAAGUAUAGUUUGUGAAAUUCAGAAUAUUCAUUUAAGAACACCAACAGUGGUUCUAAUUGGUGCUCCAAAUGUGAAAUCGAUUUCCUCCGGCGUAAUUUUUCCAAAUGGACAAGCGGCAAUCGUAUGGAUGGAAGGACCUAGACAUAUUUUUGACAACGAAUCCCAAGAUUGGGUUAGGAGCGGUCCUACAAAAUGUGCCUUGAAAAGAAUCGAAAAUUCUCAAUCAAUGUGUCAAGAAUAUUUAGAUAAUAUUCUAAAAUAUCAUGAAUGUUUUCGAAAUGCGUCCGCGGUGGUCGAUUGUUUUGGACUGACGCGUGACCCAACUGGCUGUUAUAUGUUUGUAACAAGAUUUUACGAGUCUGGAGAUUUACAUCAAUAUCUUGCCAAAACCAUGGGAUGUCUUUGCUGGAGAGAUGUUAUCGAUAUGCUUUGGGGGAUAGUUGUUAGUGGUCUUGAGCCAAUUCAUGAAAAUGGGUUUUUUCAUGGAAAUCUUCAUGGUGGUAAUUUAUUAGUUGAAGAGCAUCCUGAAUCAAUAAAUGUAAAAAUUUCUGAUAUUGGAUUACAUGGUCCCGCUGACAUGUAUGUAACACUAAUGGAAAGAUGCUGGCAUCAAGAUCCAAGCCAGAGACCUAAAGUUUCUGAACUUAAUGAAAUUUUAACUUCUUGGAUAACUGCCAUCAGCGACGACCCUGAUCCUUCACCAACUUCUGAGCAAUUUGAUAUUGCCGAAGAAAAGAGAUUUUCCGAUUUAAUAAAUAAAACUUUUCCCAAACCAAAGUUUCAUAAUCAAGCGGUUUAUAUAAGCAGAUUAUUAAAUUACAGAUCUCUUUAUGAGAAUACUCAAUAG